CGACCGACGUCGGCCAGAUCUCGUGCAAACGAUACGCGACCGGCGGCCAUUUCCGGGCUACUGGAUAGCUGGACGCGGGGUCCUCGUCGAAGAGACAUAAAUACGCCAAUCUUCUACCAACCUCCUGAAGCUCUAUCAGUAACCCUCGCAUACAAGAUGACAGACAGUAUCGAUAUGCAAGCUGCACGAGAAAUAAUCAACAUGCUCGAAGAGAGACUUUACGAUAACCAGUACGAAGACCCACUUAGCCUUGUAGAUGAGCCACGAAUGGUCGAUCCCAUCUUCGAAGACCCCCGGAAGAUGCCCAUAUCGUUCCUUGAGCCGGAGAACUGUGUGCUCAUUGACGGGCUGCUGGGAUUCGCUGUGACCGAAUCACCCCUCGACGCGGCUCGUCGAUUAGUGCAGGGGCUGCCAAUCAUGGAGGAAGUCUCUACGACGCUCGACACCGUAGAACUACCGUCGACGGAAGUCGGUCCUCGCCAGCAGCCGCACACUCUGGCGAGGCCUGGGCAGAGUCGCAGACGGCUGUCUCUUCCCGUUCGCGUCACCGACACGCUCCACUCCUUCCUCCUCGGCAUCCACUAUCCCGGACGAGCCCGAGCGUACGGCGCUGAAGCGAAAACGUUCGUUGUCGGACGUUUAUCCCUGCCUUCGAAGGCCAUGUCAUCCGUCGCAGAUGAUUCUUCUGCUGAGGUCGGGAGUGUCUUGUCUCCGCCAACCCAGAAGACAUCGUCGAACGGUCGACGUGGCGGCCCGGGAAAGUACCUUUGUGAUCUUCCCGGAUGCUCCAAGUCCUUUGCUUCGGCGCAGAAUCUUUCGCGACACAAGAACAGGACUAAGCAGCACGGGGCGAAAGUCUUAUACAAGUGCCCCGUCUGCGAGUGGACUACCACGCGCUGCGACCCCUUCAGACGGCAUUUCGACGGCGAUACACAUGUCGCGUGCAAGGAAUUCGUGCUGAAGAAAUCCGGGGAGUCGGAUGUGAAGGAUAUUCCUCUGCAAUUCAUUGCGCAGUACAAGAUCAGUACGGAAUCUACGUGAAUCAUUAGCGGACCGAGUCAGUAUUAUAUGUAGCAGUAGCUUCUGUAGCAGUUGUAUUGCGUACCUACUGUCCGGAGAAUGUUGUUGUAUGUACACUCCCGAAGAGUUGUUGUAGUGAUUCCACCG